AUGGAAACUUCAAGAUAUAAUCGUGCUUUUCUAGCUUAUAAUAAUCAUAAUUUUAAAAAUCGUCCAUCAUUAAAAAAAAUAUCCAAAGCAACAACUGAAGAAUCACCAGUUCUCGAUCAUAUUCCAUAUUCAUCGAUAAAAACAACUAUUGAAAAAGUUUCAUCACCACCACCAUCUCCUAGUCUGAGUAAUAUUGUAACACCAAUACCAAUACCAGCAAACCGACCAUCAUCAAUAACUAGUCUAGUUCAUUUAUUACCACGUCGAAAAAGUUUACAAACAACAGCAUUAGCAUCAAAACGACAAAGUCUUUGGAUGAGUAUAGCUAAAAAUUCUCCAACAAAUAAUACUAAUUUACCUCAAUUUCCAUUACGACAACCAACAAAUUUAAUGCGAAAAAAAUUUUUACGUUUAUUACUUGUUUUUAGUUAUUUAUUAUCAAUAUCAUUAUUUGCUAUUGCUUUAGCAACAUUUUAUGGAUUUUUUUGGUCUGGUUAUAGUACAACACAAACAACAAAUUACGUGUCAAAUGUUGAAUCAACUGUUUCAUCAAUUGUUCCAUUAAAAUCAAAUUCAACAUUUAUUGAUAUUGAUUUAUCAUUUACAGAUGCAAGUUUAAAUAGAUAA